AUGGAGCUAAGUAUAAAAGAAAAAAAGAAACUUUUGGAAAAUUUAAAACAUCGAAUGUUAAGAAUUGAAAGGGUUAUAGGUGAUAUAACAUUCUAUGACAAAAAUAAUCAGUUAAAAAAAAAACUUUCUGAAAAAUCUUUUGAUAAUAAAAAAAAUAAUUUAAUAGAAGAAUUUACCGAAAGUUCAAAUCAAUUUGAUGAUUUUGAAAACUCGGAUAAAUAUAAAAACAAUUUAGAUCAAAUCAAAUCAUCUUUGCAAAAUCUUUCAAUAGAUUUUUGUGACGAAAAAAAGAAAAACGAACUAAUGGAAAUUGUCAAAAAACAUAAACAUAAUAAUAGUAUUUCAGUUCAUAUAUGUAUCAUCAAAUUAAUACUUGAACAAAUAUCAAAAGAUUUUCUGAAUGAUGUUUAUAACCAAUAUAAAGAAUUUUACAUUUAUAUUCAUAGCAGUAGUAUAUUAGAUGUAUAUAGUGCAUUUGAAUAUAAAAGAAAUAUUAUAUUGUCUCAUAUAAAUUUUAUGAAAUGCUAUAGCUCUCAAAUUAAACAAACAAUUGAAUUAAAGGAUUAUAUAAAUAGCCAUAAAAUAUCAGAAACUGACUCAUUUAUGAAUCGACUAAACGAGAUAGAAACAAAAAGCGGCGUUUUAUUUUCAAAAAUUUCGGCAAUUAAUGCUUCCUUAGAAAAUGCCACAUAUAAAUAUGCCUUAAUAACAAAGAUUUUUUCUUUAAUUCUUUCGAAGCGCAAAUCCAAUAUAUCUUAA